CGCCGCUUGUCUGCCGGGUCAGCCUCAGCCUCUCAGUUCGUCCCCGAGCGGUGCCGGCCCCUCCGCGCAUCUCCCCGGAAGCCCGCGGCCCGCUACUGGUAGCACGCCUCCCUGGGGUUCAGGGCGGCGGUGCCGAACGCUCUCGAAGGGCGGCGGGGGCCGAGGCCUGCCGCGCGCAUCGAGUCCGCGCAGCUCCGUUGAGGCCGCCUUGGGUCGGAAUGCCGCGGCCUGGGUGGGCGCCGCGCUGGGCGGCCGCCGUGGGCCCUUGGGGCUGUGGGCUGCUGGCGCUGCUGCUGCUGCUGCUGCUGCCGCUGCCGGGCCCGAGCGGCGCCUCCGAGAUCACCUUCGAGCUGCCCGACAAUGCCAAGCAGUGCUUCUACGAGGACAUCGUUCAGGGCACCAAGUGUACCCUCGAGUUCCAGGUGAUUACUGGUGGUCACUAUGAUGUAGACUGUCGAUUGGAAGAUCCUGAUGGUAAAGUUUUAUACAAAGAGAUGAAGAAACAGUAUGAUAGCUUUACCUUCACAGCCUCCAAAAAUGGGACAUACAAAUUUUGCUUCAGCAAUGAGUUUUCUACCUUCACCCAUAAAACAGUGUAUUUUGAUUUUCAAGUUGGAGAAGACCCACCUUUGUUUCCCAGUGAGAACCGUGUCAGUGCCCUUACUCAGAUGGAAUCUGCCUGUGUUUCCAUUCAUGAAGCUCUGAAGUCCGUCAUAGACUAUCAGACUCAUUUCCGACUGAGAGAAGCUCAAGGUCGAAGCCGAGCAGAAGAUCUAAAUACCAGAGUGGCCUAUUGGUCAGUGGGAGAAGCCCUCAUUCUUCUGGUGGUUAGCAUAGGGCAGGUGUUUCUUCUGAAAAGCUUUUUCUCAGAUAAAAGAACCACCACAACUCGAGUUGGAUCAUAACUACGUUUUCAGAAUCAAUGCACCAUUGCCACUGUAAUAUUAGUGUCCUCUAAUUUUAGGUAUCGAAGAACUUAAUAAUGGCAACAUUUUGAAACCCUACUCAUACACUUGUUGGGAGAGAUGUACAAUGCAUAUCCCCACACUGGAAAGGACACCUUUUUUUAUUUGUAAAGGUGGAAAAACUUUGGAACUUGCUUUUGGCUAUUCAUGUGAAUAUUCAACACCAAUGAUCUACUUUUUUCUUGGUUGUUUAUACCUACUCUUCAUACGCUAAACUUUGGUAUUCUUAUUCCUUUUAACCAUUUAAAAGUAAUUUUCUUAAUAGGUAGUUAAUACUUUAAAAAAAUCUUAGAUUUAAUGUUUGCGUGUGUUAUGGAGGAAGAAAACUGCCUUUUAAUUGUUUAUAGAAAAUAAAGUUGUGUUUUUAAGAAAACCAAAUGUGAUUAACUGUAGCCAAGCCCUAUUCUGCACUGCUUAAUUUUAUGGGGGAAAAUACUCUACCAUAAAAAUGUUAGUUACUAUUGAUAGAUUUUUUAAUUGAUAUAUCAUGAUAUAAUUUAUUUCUUGCUGGUUUGGAAAAUGUACAAUUUUUUGGCUUACUCUAUGAUUUAUAGCUAGCUAUGCUUUUUAUAGAAGCAUUACUACCAUACAGAAAAUAGCAUAAUAGAGGCUGUAUAGACCUUAAAAAUCAGACUGUUGUAACUGUUAAGAUAAAGAAUAUUUUGAGACACUACAAUGGGGGAAGAUGAAAUGGAAAAAUAUAUGGUGAGUUUGCACUCAUUGCACAUCCAGUGCUUUUACAAAGAAAAGGUGAUCUGUGUCAUUUUAACAUUCUAAGAUUGACUAGUUCUUGCUCAUAUGUGACUUUUAAUAUCCUCAAGUCAUUCCCAGCUUAAGUUGACAGUUGUUAUAUUAGUAUCACAUAAGUGCCAUACAUUUUAUCCUCAUGGAUGUGAUGCACUGAGAAGUUAGUUUUUGUCUCUGUUCAUUUUACUUUGUUUCUACAGUCUCUGGAGUAGUCCUAAAAUUAUUUUAAAGUUUUGUAUGCUAUGAGUGUUUACUAUUGAUAAUCUUUAUUGGUUUGUACUGUUUGACUUAGGCCUUGUGUGGAUUAAGCUAAUUGAAAUAAGACUUUUUUUAAGUAUUUCAGAAUAGAAUACAAGAUAAUGGAAAAUUGUAUAGAUAGAUUGGCUUUUCUGCUGUUUUUAAAAAAAGAGAGGAUGACAGUUGCUUUUCAUCCAUGCCUCUCUUCACCCAAAGGUGAUGAGUACUAAAUGAGACUUUAACUUAUGCUACCAUAGGAGACUGAUGACUAGCAGUUCUAGUCACUUAACCACUUAACUAGAAGUUAACUUAAUUUUAAGCCAUCUUAAAAUGCACACACACACACUUCUUCAUGUAAGAGCAAAACAAAUACAAGUCGUCUUGCUUGUUUAGGAGCAAACAGGUUUUCAGCCUUGUGGGAUUCUUGAAGACCAAAUAGCUGCUCCCUAAACAUUUACAAAUGGAUUAAGAAGAAAAGUUUGAGAUUUUGCAGAUUUAUCUCUUUGCGUUCUUAUAUUGAAGUUGUCCUGCAGCUUUUAAAUAUCUUGUUGAUUUAUAUGUGAACAUUUUAAGCACCAAUGUUAAUGUGAUUGAUAAGCAUGGGCAUAUGUAAAAUGUCCAUUUUUGAUUGCCCGUGGACUCUUUGUUCAGAUAUUUAUACCAUAUUUAAAUAGUCAGGUAUAGAUUUUUGCCAAAUUUGGCCUAAAUAAUGCACUCAUUUAAUCUGUGCCUCUCAAAACUUCAUGAUACUAAACUAUUAUCAUAAAUCUUUUUUUUUUUUUCCCUCUCUUUUUAAGUCAAGGUCUCCCUGUAGUCCCAGCUGGCCUUUAACUCACUUUGUAGACUAGGCUGGCCUUGAACUCGGAGAUCUGCCUGCCUCUGCCUCCUGAGUGCUGGGAUCAAAGGCGUGCACCACCACGCCCAGCCAGCAUUAAUCAUUUUUAAUGAAACUAUUGAGGUAUAUUAAAACUUGAAGUCACCAGUUACCCAUUGUCAGAAAUAGUGUGGGUUUAGCUUUGUCUCUAUGUAGCUGGCCAAAUUUUGACAGCUGUGUACUCAACUGGUAUGGAUAUAUAAGAAAAUACAUACACGUAAAUGCUAAGUAAUAUUUUUUUUCUUCCCCCUAUGACAUAAUUUGUAGCUUGUCUUUUUUCUGUAAUCCUUGUAUAAUUUGUUGCAGCAGUUUGAAUUUCCAAAAUACUUAAUUUGGUCAUAUAACUCAAUACAUAUUUGAGUAUCAUAGUUGUAUAUAUUUUUUAAGUAGAGUACACAAUGGAAAGUAACUUGACACAUGAAUUUAUACUACAGUUUCAACUGAGUGAAGAUACGUUUUGAGAUAUCACUUUGCUAAUCUAAACAUUCUUUUUUUCUAUUAAAAAUAUGGUUUGUGGUUCAUAACUUUUCAUUUGGGCUUGAUAAUCACCUUUGAAAAUUACAGUGGUCUGAAAAACAAUUUGACAGGUAUCAUUUAUAUCUCUCUGUACUACCCUUUUUUUUUCAUUUCAGUUUCUAAAUGUAACAUUUAUAGUUAAAUAGGACAAAGCAGACCCUAUGACUUUUUGUUUUCAAAAAAUUAAUAUAUAAUUCAGAGGGUUUUUCAUUUAUUUUUGAAAAAAAAUUCUCUAAAUUAAAGAUGGUUCCACAGAAUCGAAACAAUCAAUUUCUUGUAAAAUAAAGUUUUAAAAAGUUCAGCAAACUGACUUCAUUUGUUUCUAUCAGGAUUUAAUUCCUUCUGAAGCUCCUUGUAAAUGUACAACUUACAGUGCAGUUUAGCAACGGUAGUGAUGAUUUGUUAUUUCAUAGACAUCCUAGGGACUGACCAUAAAAGCUUGUUAAAGAAAGGGAGCAUCACUGCCUGAUUAUCUUCUCUUUGUAGUCUUCACUGAAAAUGUGUCUGGAAGACAGAAAAGCCAUCAGUUGCUCCAAAAGGAUCUUAAUUUUUAAGUAAAUUAUCCUAGGUAAUAUAAAACUCAGUUGCAUUAAUAACUUUUUAGUUUUUUUGGUUGUGGUGGUGGCGGAGGAGGAAUUUUUUUUUUUCUUUCUUUCCCUUCAUAGAGUAGUCAGAUGAGACAGCCUAGCUCAUGGGUAGAACUCUGGAAAAAUAACAAUCCAUAUAAAUGAACAUUUAUUGAAUACUUAGCCCUGGGUGAUGUGCUGUACUAAAGUAUUUUAUUUUACUGACACAUUUACUUCUGCAACUGCCCUGUGAACUAGAGGUAUUACUCCCAUUUUACAGGUAAAGCAUAGAGAAGCUGAGAAAUCUGCUCAUCUCUCAUAGUUAGAGUUUGAGUGUGAACCUUGGCAGGCAGAUUCCAGAGCCCUCUUCCUCAGCCUCGGCAAACAUUAAACUAUUUUGGUAGCACUAUAGGUUAAUCAUGACUGUGCUUCAGCUUUGAGCUCCUAUCAAGCUAAAUCAUGAUUGUGGGUUCUUGCACAAGUGAUUUUAUUAGCUGUAUUUAUUUCCUACCAAAGUAAUAAUACUCAGUUUAAUUAAAAUAGUUAUAAAACACUUAGGACUAGUGCCUCAUGUAUUUAAGUACUGCGUAUCUUUUUAUCCACUCUGGUCCUGGUUUCUUUCAUUCUCAAAGUUUUUAUUGUGAGUCAUUGAAUAGAAUCUUAGUCUUACACAGUAUGUAACAAACAUGGAAGUGUGUGGAGAUCUAUUAACAACAUCAUAACCUCCUAGAAGUUUUAAAAAAUGAAGGCAUUCUGACUAAGAAUAAAACUAUUUAAGCAGAUGAACUAAUACGAGUAAAAGGCUUACUCCUUAAGGAGUUGAACUUAUCCUCCCACAGCAGAUGCAUGAUCUUGUGGCAGUGCCAUAGCCAAGUGACUUCAUUUCUUGUUCAAGGAUAUGGAGUGUUCCGGCCCUUGUUGCUACAAACUGAAAAGUAUGUUCUUUAACUUUGCUAAAAAUAAAGGUGAUAUUUGAUGA